GAAAACCAAGUUCAGUGGGAUGAUUACAGCAAUGAAAGAUUCAACAGAACGUGAUCAUUCAUGUAGUUUCAUAAAACCUUUGGACCUCCACCUGGACGAGUCCGAUGACGACGAGGAACGUGAAUUGACUAAUUUAAAUUGGCUACUUCGCAACCAGAACUUAACAUGGCCAAACACCAUUGAGGCUAGUUCUGAAGAUGAAAGCAAAGGUAGUAUGAAGUCAAAGUCCAUGGAUUGGUCAACUGCAAGGAAAGCGACGAAUAAAUACAUAUCUGCUCGGAAUCUAAUUGUUUAUCCUGAAUCAAAAAAAAAUGUAUCAAAAACUAUAGAUCCGAACUUAUUAACUGGAACAACACAGCAUUCAAAAAGGCUAAGCCCGUCCGAACGAUACGACAUAUUCAUAAAUAAACUCAAAUGCGAUUUGGUUGAAUACGAAAAGGGUGCUGUUAAAUAUAAAACGGAUGUAAAUGAAAAGCCACCUUUCAACUAUUCACAUAUCAUAGGCAUGGCAAUGCUUGAAAAUGGGCGUGUGACUUUACAACAAAUUUGCUCUUGGAUUGAAUCGAAGUUCGCCUUUUUUCGGGUGCGUAAAAAGUGGAAUAAUUCAAUAAGACACAAUUUGUCACUGCACCAUUGUUUUCGCAAUCAAAAGCGCGAAGAGAAGGGUAAAGGUGGUUAUUGGGAAUUGGGAGUUGAUCUGAAGAAGUGCGAUAGAAAACGUGUUCGUAAUCGUAAAGCGGCACAAUUGAAGACAAAACCAAAAAGAUUGAACCAAGUGAACGCAAAAACUGAAAAGGAACGAAAUUUACUCGAGCAAAUGGAAAAUAACAGGAAGAUCCAUGUUCAAGGCGAAACUUUGUCAAGUACCUCGGACAUAAAAUCUAUGCAAUUACUUUAUCGAAAACACCCACAUGCAAAGGCGGACACACUUAGCAACGAGGAAAUGGGAAUGUCUAUCGAGUCGGUCCUAGAGAUGCAGCAAGAAGUUCGGCCGACACACUUUAGAGAACAGUGCCUUACCUUAAGCGGGACCGAAGUAGGACUGGAACUUCCAUCACCCAGCUCCCGCAACCAGUUGAUUGAUACGAAUUCGGAAGAAACAUUGCUAUGCCCAAGCACCGAUGUUCUGGAGUCAAUGGGGCUUAGCAAUAGUGAGUGUGUCUAUACGCAACAGCAAUAUGAACUUGGAACUAUUAUAAUCAGCACUACGGGCAUCAUAGAUGAAUCCUUCAGCCUAAAUAAGUUCUCUUGCCCUAAUAUGAUAUAUGCAGACGACGAGAUUCCAUUGGCUAGUGAAAAUGUGAUUAUAUCAUCUAAUAAGUCCACUGAUGUACAUGCUACGUCUGUUCACAUGAAUGCAUCGGAUAUAACUAGACCAGAAGUUCCCAGCAGCUUAACUAUAAAUUGCGAUUACUCGAACUUCAGGCCGUACAUGGAUGGUCUUGACAUCGGGAUUGAAGAACCUUUUGAUUACCUCCACAACAACGAAAUUAGUCGGAACGAGGAUAUUUUGGAUAACCUGUUGGACGUAUGUGUCAGAGAUUAUUAGCUGACCAAAAUAUGUUUUUAGUCACUCAAAUAUGCUGUAAAAAUUCAGAAUAUAUUAUA